AUGGUUACUUGGAUAAAGCCGCAAGAGAUGUUCCAUUCCAUGCCCGAACUAAGUCUUCUUGCCUGGACAGCAAUGCUUUCGGCUUUUACCGCGAAAGGGCAUUUUGCUUCUGCUAAGAAAACGUUUGACUCGAUGCCAGAGAGAAGCUUUGUGAGUUACAAUGCAAUGUUGGCAUCGUUUGUAAAAUUUCGAAAAUACGAUUCAGCUUUAAAUUUGUUUCAAGUGAUGCCGGAGAGGAACUUAAUAUCUUCGACGACUAUUCUUACAGCAUUAGCUAAUGGCAAGCAUUUGGAAAAGGCAAAGGAAGUGUUUGAUGGAAUGGAGGAGCGUGACAUUGUGUCAUGGAACGCAAUGCUAACCGCGUACGCCCUGUGCAGUGGGCUUGAGGAAGGAAGGAUUUUGUUUGAUGGAAUGCCAAAGAGAAACCUGAUAUCCUGGAACGCUAUGCUGACUGCAUAUGCUCAAAGCGGGCAUCUUGAAGAGUCAAAAUUUCUUUUUGACACCAUGCCUUUCCAAGACUUGGUAGCUUCGAACACAAUGCUGGCUGCGUAUGCCGAUAAUGGAGAGCUUGAGAAGGCUAAAUCCAUAUUUGAUGACAUCCAGAGUGGAGAUAAAUUUUCAUGGACAACCCUCUUGGUCGCUAACGUUAACAGAGGCGAGCUAGAGCAAGCAAAUGCGAUCUUUGUAAUGACACCAGAGCAUGAUAUUGUUUCGUGGACUACAAUGCUUGGUGCUUAUGCAAACCUGGGAAGGUUUCAAGAGGCCAUCGAGAUCUUUAGCAUGAUCAAGUUGGUCGAUUCACCGGACGCUCCAUGCUUCUUGCUUGUGCUUCUAGUGUGUAGCCAUGCCGGGAAAGCAAGCAUUGGUCGAGGCUACUUCUUUUCAAUGAGAGUCGACUAUGGCAUCAAGUCGACCAAGGAGCACUUCAGCUGCAUGGUCGAUCUUCUCGGCCGAGGUGGAAGCUUGGGUGACGCUCGAGAUCUCAUCUCCAGCAUGCCUUAUGUUCCCGAGAGCCUUGACUAUAGAAGCUUUCUGAGGAGCCAGAGGGAUGGAACAACCACACCAAUUCAAAGAGAAGCUCGUGAUCAAUUCAGAGUGGAUCUCGACGUGAGAGAAUGCGAUGAGAGCUCCUCUUCGUAUGUUCUUCUCUCAAGCAGCUUGCUUCCUUGA